AUGCUCCUCUCUCUUAUCACUUCUUUACUGCUAACCAUAGCGACUUCCAACGCAACCGAGUUCCCAAAUCUUGUGAUUCUCUUCGCAGACAACCUAGGAUAUGACGACAUUUCAGUUUUUCAAUCAAAGUCGAAUCCUCAGCACACCAAGACGCCCAACAUCGACAACUUGGCUGUCGAUGGAAUGAAAUUCUUAAACUGGAAUUCUGCAGCUGCUUUGUGUUCAGCAAGUCGGUCGGCGCUCCUAACUGGACGAUAUCCUGUGCGAACAGGGGUCUAUCCAAGGGUAUUUCGUUCCGAUGCGAGAUUUGGGCUAUUGCCAGAAGAAACAACACUUGCCGAGAUGUUGAAAGGCUUUGGGUAUGCUACGAAAAUUGUUGGCAAAUGGCAUUUGGGUCAUCGAGAGCCUUUCCUCCCUACAAAUCAAGGAUUUGAUAGCUGGUUGGGGGUCCCGUAUCAUAUGAGUGGUGGGUCCGUUGACAACCACACUUGUCACGGUGACGAUGAUGGGACUAUGUUACUGCCAUUGUAUCGUGACACUUCCAUUGAAGAACAACCUGUUCAACUUGACGACUUGGCUAUCCAGUAUGCCUCAGAAUCCAGGUCUUUUAUUCAGAAGAACAGUGACAAGGAUAUUCCUUUCUUCUUAUACGUGCCAUUCAGCCAUGUUCAUCAACUCUGUGCUCCAAAGGAUAUGCCGGAGCAAAGGAACUGUCAGUGGGCAGCAAAGGAAAACGCAACAUUCUCUGACGCAGUGGAAGAAAUGGAUUGGAUAGCAGGCGAGAUUCUGAAAGCACUGGAUGAUUUUGGAGUAACAAACAAUACUCUAGUUCUAUUCACAAGCGACAAUGGGCCUUGGGUUGCAGAACAAUCAUGCUCUGGAUCAAAGGGGCCGUUCGCCGCGGAAUGGUUUCGGGAUCAUUCAAGUCCGUCCUGCACCGCUUGUCCGCAUGACUAUGUUCCUCAACCAACAAAUGGGCAGCCACGAAGAUGCGUACUUCCCGACACAGAACUCGCAUUGGAAGGUGUUCCAUGUGGCGAAGACAGUGGACUUGGUUCAGUCUGGGAAGCUAAUUUACGAAUGCCUGCCCUGGCACGCUUUCCUGGCAAAAUACCACAGGGCAGUGUCUCGCAAGAUCUAAUUUCGACUCUUGAUGUCAUUCCAUCCUUUUUGUCGCUACUUGAGAAACCUAUACCUCUCAAUCUUGAUGGUAAAGAUAUGAGUGGAAUUUUUACUGGCGAGUCUACGAAUAUUGAAGCGAAACGCGUUCUCUUCUUCUGGAGAGAUGGUUUCGAGUCUGGUCCACUGCCUCCUCCAUAUGGGCGGUUCGACGUGGCUGCUGUGAAAUAUGGAAGCUUGAAAGCAUGGAUAUGGACAAAGAGUGCACAUUACAAUGACGACAUUGAGCAGUAUCACGACCCUCCUUUGCUCUUCGACGUUCUCGCCGACCCUGCAGAAUCGAACCCGCUGGAUCCAAGCGACUACUUGCAAGAAAUUCAAUAUAUCAAAAUUAUGGUGGAGAAGCAUAAGCAGUCAGUGGACAUGGCUUUCCCACUUUGUCUUGAUGCCGACCCAAAAUAUCUGCCGUGUGUCAAUCGUGAAACUGGGUGCCGUACUGGUGGCACACUGCCGCUAGAAACGAAGCUAUGA